GAUCAAGAUAUCCAGAUCCAGGGCGUAUUAUAGCUUUUGACGAAUUGGAAAAAAUAUUUUCUAAUGUUUCAGUUGCAAAAGAUUGGUAUAAAAAUCCUUUUCCCAUGAGUAAAAAUUUACAAUUGAUCAAACGAGGGGAAAUCGAACCUUAUUUUGAUGGUUUACAAUCCC